AUGCCCCUCCAUAAAUACCCUCCUAAAAUCUGGAACACCACAAAACUAAAAGAGGGCAUCUAUGCCCGCCUACCCAAGCAUUACCUUAAAUCCCUGGAGCUGAAGGAGCCCACGCCGGUCCACUGGAGGCCCCUGGGGGUCAAAUACCGACGCAAUCCUAAGACGGGCGAGAAGGAACGAGUGCAGGACGUCCCGAUCCCCAUCUACUAUCCACUCGAGUCGCAGAAUGGCCUUUGGGGAGGAGAGGGCUGGAUAUCGGGCUACAGAUAUGCCAACAAUGAUAAAAUGUCCAACCGUCUGACAAAGACGUGGAAGCCGCAGCUGUUCAAGAGAGAACUUUACAGCGAGAUCCUUGACCACAAGUUCACCAUCACAGUCACAUCUCGCACGAUGGAUCUCAUCGACGCCGCCUUCGGUUUUGACUUCUACAUUCUCAAAACACCGAAAGAAGAUCUAAACUCCAAACUGGGCAUGGACCUGAAGAGGGCCAUGUUACUGCGUCUGGCUCGCAGAGACACGCAGUUGUAUCCGGAUGACGCCGCUAAGAGAGACGAGGUGUACGCCAAAUACAAGCGGUUCGAGAUUCCUGAAGAUGAGGCCGAGUGGGUGGGCCUGACUCUGGAAGAAGCCGUGGAGAAGCAAAGGCAGUUGGAGCACAAGGAGCCCGAGCCAUUGUUCAAGGCGUGUGUGGAAAACCUACUGGAGGAGCUUCACAUCCAAAAAUUGUCCGAGCCUCAUCUCAGCGAGACCAAAUGA